GACCAGAACUUAGAAGCAAACCUGAUACAUCAUGAGGCAACUGAAUCAUCAUCAUCAUCGAUGCCUCAAACCAAGAACUAUAAAAGGUGGUUCCGUCUCUCCAUCUAUGUGUUCUUUGUGCUCUUCUGCCAACCACUUGCUACAAUUCUUGGUAGACUGUACUAUGAAAACGGUGGGGAAAGCACAUGUGGUAACACUUCUCUUACUCAUUGGCUUCCCAGUUUUGGUUAUCUUCAGCUUCUUCUUCCAAACCAGACAACUGAAAUCAACAGAUACAAACUUCAAUCAGUCCCCUUCCUUCACAACCCUUGCAUCAGCUUACAUGUGCACUGGACUUCUAAUAAGUGCUAAUACUUAUCUGUAUGCAAUUGGUUUACUCUACUUGCCUGUUUCCACUUACUCCCUCAUCUCUGCCUCACAGUUAGCCUUCACUGCCCUUUUCUCCUACUUCCUUAACUCGCAGAAGCUCACUCCUUUCAUAGUCCUCUCUUUGUUUCUCCUUACUGUUUCCUCUUCCCUCCUCGUGGUCAACACCGAGUCUCAAGACACAACAACACAUGUCUCUAGAGUCCAAUAUGUGAUCGGGUUUAUAUGCACCAUCGGUGCUUCUGCUGGUACUGGACUACUUCUAUCUUUGAUACAACUUCUCUUUAGACAGGUUUUCAAGAAACAUACAUCGUCUUCAGUAGUCAUGUCCAUGACUAUCUACCAGUCUCUGGUCGCAAGUAUUGUUGUUCUCAUUGGCCUUUUUGUGAGUGGAGAGUGGAAAACGUUGCCGAGUGAGAUGAAGAACUACAAAAUGGGGCAAGUGUGGUAUGUUGUGACUUUGGCCUCAGCAGCUGUUUCUUGGCAAGUAUACACCGUUGGUCUUGUGGGUUUGAUUUUUGAGUCGUCUUCAGUGUUUUCUAAUUCUGUAAAUGCUGUUGGAUUGCCUAUCGUUCCUGUUGUGGCAGUGAUUGUUUUCCAUGAUGAAAUGGAUGCAAUGAAGAUCUUCUCCAUCGUUUUGGCUAUAUGGGGCUUCCUUUCAUUUGUCUAUCAGCACUACCUCGAUGAAAAGAAGUUGAUGAUUUGCCACACAAACCAUGUCGAGGAUGAUUCACAAAUUUGA